AUGACGUGUAGUUGUCAACACAUGGUAGUUAGACGGUAAACUCUCUGCAGGAUCUGACAAAACUUCAGUGGUUAUUAAUAUUUACAUGCAACAUUUCUAUUAAACCUGCUUAAAAGGUCGAGAAUAUUCUCAGAGGACGUAUUUGAAAACGGGUUGGACUCUGAUAGCGGGUGAAAGACUCUGAGUCAACGUCAACGUUUUGGCGCGUCCUGUGUAAAUCUGGCAGCAGGACAGAGCCAUCAUCGGUGGAAUGACAAAGGUACCUGAUCAAAGAUAAGUCAGCUCACACAGCUGGGUAUACACUGUAGGGCUGAUUAAUUUAGUGCAGAUUUAAGGUACUUCUGUUAAAACUAAGAAUGUCAAAGCUCAAGUUUAGUGGAAAUUCAUAUGGCAUGUAGUAGAACCAAAAGUAGAUGUGUUAUUUUUGUAUGCAUUGAAACAAACGGGCAUAAACUGGCAUAUGAGUUCUCAGGUAACAACAUUAUGUGUCAUUCUAAAGAAUAGUCAGGUGUCAAACUCAAGACCCCGGGGCCAAAUCUGGCCCACAAGAUCAUAUCAUAUUUGUAUUAUUAUUGGACCACCAGUAUGAAGUCUGCAGAUUUCCUCCAGUAUAAUAAUGUAAACUUUAUCACCAUGAAAAUGUUCUUAAUAAGCCACGAAAAUCUGGGAAAUUAAAGAGUAAGGAAGAUUUGAUAAAUAGUCAAGAACAUUUGGUGUUUUAUUUCAUGCUUUGAUUUUGUUCAACUCAGUAUUUAGACUUAGAUUUUAAGUCAUAUUUUGAGCUUUUAAACCUGAUUUCAACAUUCUCCUCAUGUAUUUGCUCUUUAAAAGCAAUCCAGAUUAUGGCCCCUGCUGUGGUUGAGUUUGACACCCCUGUUCUAAGGAAUGCACUAUAGGGAGGAUUGCAGGAUCACUUAUGCGAGUUUAUUUAUCACAUAAUUUAUAUUUUUUACAGAUUCAACACUGACUUUCACUUGUGUGUCAUUUUUUCCUGUUUUUUUCUUCUUUAUUUAUUUCUAGGAUGGCGAACUGCACACAUGUUUUUCAAAUCUCUGGCAUCAAAAACCAUGACAGGAAAAGAGUUUUGAUCCAAGGGAUCCAGCAGCUUGGUGGAAGAUACAUAGGUGGCUCAGUAAGUAGUCACCCCUGAAAAAAGAAAACUUUUCAGUGCAUGUCAACAAAGACUAUACAUCAUUUUUUCAAAUAAGCUUGUAUAAUUGGGAUGAAAGGGGUACUUUAUGUAGCAGCUGGGAUAAACAGUACAAUAAUUCAAGACCUUCAUUGAUCCCCAAAGGGAAAUUUAUUAUACAGUGAUUUCAUGAAUUACCCUCACUAGUAUUACGUAGAAAAAAAAAAAUGUAACCACAGUUUAGAAAGAAAAGCAACAACGCUGAUUUUCCUGUUCCAUUUGCAAUCAUGGGACUUAGUAGUACAUGUAGUUCAUAUAUCAUCACUGUAAAGACAUUUGUAGUGAUUCAGGUGGUAAUGCUGAAAUACAAUAAAUCAUUGGAACCUGCAGCAUUUUUGUGUCUUUGAAUUCUUUAGUGAACUGCUCUGUGUGGUAGAGUCAGAACAUACCGUGGGGUUUGCUAUCUUUGUGUUCUUGAUAAUCUUAAGAGAAAGUUUGUCUGUGGGUAACCAAAAUUCCUCCAUUCAUCAUUGUCUGUCAGUGAGUACCAUGACGAAUUUACUACUAUGCUUUUGGCAACUUGUUUGACAGAUGUUUGAUUAAAUUUCCCUUUAGGGAUCAAUAAAGUUCUUGUUCUUGUUCUUGUUCUUCUUGUUCUUCUUCUUCUUCUUCUUCUUCUUCUUCUUCUUCUUCAAAUACCUACUGGUAAUUACAUCUUUUACACAAGUAUUUCACAUAUAUUUGAUCAAACAUAAAACUGGUAUACCAACAUAACCUGGUCUUGUUGGGAAAAAAAUUAUGCUAAAUAAUCUUAGUUGUAUAUCAAUGGACUGAUGCAGUUCUGAUUUUUUAAGGUGUAUCACUGCGGCUGCACCCAUCUCAUAAUCCCUACAGUUUUGUCCAGUGAGAAGUUUUUAGCUGCAUGUGCUGCAGGUGAGUAAUGAUGAUGAUAAUUAUUGAGUAAUAAUAUUUGUUUAUCACGCUUGUAUAGUAAGGGUUCAUCUUUUGUUGAAAAUUGUCACAAGACUUUUAUCUAUUUAAUUUUUCCUCCAGGAAAGUGGGUGGUGACACCAGACUAUGUUCUGGACAGUAUGGAGAAAGGCUCCUGGCUGGCAGAGGAAGCCUAUGAAAUAUCAAUCUCUACCAGCACCACACCAGUCUUCUAUCCUGUCAGGCAGUGGAGGGAGAAGGUGUCCAGUGGGCGUCUUUCAGGGGCUUUCCAGGGCUGGAGGGUCCUCCUUAUGGUUCAGGAGCCCACUCGCUGGGCCAUGUUCAAACGGUGAGAUGCAACACAAGAAAAAUUAGUCACUGACCAUAUUCAUCAUACUUUCAGGAAAAUUGUUGACAGAAUAAUACAAAGUAAUUUAUGUUGUGAUUUUUUUCAGGCUGCUAAGAGCCGGAAGAGCCAAAGUUUACUGCUGCCCUCUUCCUCCUAGUACGACUGUCACUCAUGUUAUGGCUAAACCUGUCACAGCAGACUCAAAAUCCCAUGAUGCUCCCUGUUAUCCUGUGAGCUACAUUGUUCAGCACCUCUUUGGGGUAAGUUUAUGUCAUUAAAGGCAAAGAAGAAUGAUCUUUUUUCUUAUAUUUGAACAGUUGGAUUAAUGUGAUAGUUAAAUGUUUAAUCAUCCAGUCAAAAACAAUUCCUGAAACUCAAAUAUUUUAUUUACAAAAUGAUAAAAAGUUACAAAUCUUAGCAAAUAGAUUUUCUCAGUAAUUCAGUGUGAGGAUUCUUCUGUUAGCAAAGUUUUCAGUGAUUAAUUUCCGGUUGAUCAAUGAAAUAUUUGAUGAUUGCUGGAUAAUUUAGCCUGGAUUAACCCACCAUUGCAUUGCUGUUAUGCUGUCUAAACAAAGAAAGUGCAUUAUAGACACAUAGAGGUAGUAAUGUAAAGGAAUGAUGCUCACUCUGUGCCCAAAGUGCAGGUCUGGACCAGAAUUUAGUUGAGUUAUUUUGGUCAAUAGAAAUAUAUGCAGUCGUCACUUAAGAAUAAAAGACUUUUAAUGCUUCUGUCUGGUUCCUAAAAUCUGUGAAUUACCAGAAAAUGUAUACAGCAGCUAUUCUAAAUGUGGAGAACUUUGUUUCAAAAGUUGAUAGAAGAUCUAAUACUGCAAACUCCUUUUUCUUUGUCAGAGCAAUUAUGUGGAUUUCUAUGACAUGAAGGAUGGUCAUCAAGCUGAGAUGAGGAGGGCCGGGUUUGUGGUCCCGGACUUCUCUGAGCUAGAGACCGAGCUUAGGGAUUACGCCGUGAAACAAGAGGUACUUUGACUUUACAUCAGUUAAUUUGUGAAAGUAUAAUUCAAACUUCAUCUUUUUUUGUCUAUGUAGUACAUUUUUGACAUUUUUUCUGGGGUUGUUCGCUACAGGGUAGACCAAGACUCUACUUCCUUGAAUUUCUGGGCUUCCAUGACCCCAACCGCCCACAGUCCCAGGUAGAUCCAUGCACAUAUCCCACCCACUCCCACACCUCUGAUACAUCUCUAAAAUAACUAUGUGUUUCAUCAAGAAGAUCAGGUCAUUCAAUUUUCUUUAUGUCAUAUAUUUCAAUGGAAAGUGGCACUUAGAGCAAGGGCACAUCAUACGCAGGUCACCAAUUUAACCAGCACUGUCAGCUGAUCGCAGAGUUUUGAUUGGCAGGCCUAUUAACAAUACUCACCACCAUCCUGUCCACGCCUUACCCAAGUGGAUCUCCAUCAGAUUGCUAUUAUAAGUGCUCGUGUAUUUCCAUUCUGUACUUUCUGAAUCCAUAUGCUAUUUGCCAAUAACAGACAGUCAGAAGUGACCCCAGGAACUUUUGUUGCCCAUUCACUUCCUAUUUCCAUUACCCUCUUGCCCUCACUUUCCCCCCCUUCUUUCGCCCAUCUGUCUCUUUGAGUGCAAUGUUUUCCCUCCUUUCCUCAUACCCCUAAGGUUUUUAUUGUUGGUCUUUUCUUCCCGCAGGCUAUAGAGACGGACUUCAGCAAUGUUGGUAGUAUGAUAGAGUGUGGGCUCUUCAUUGAAGCUUUGGACUCCAUCAGGAGUGCUGUGUACCCUGGUGUGCUGCCACCAGCGGCUCACCUGGUCUCCCUCAUAGACUAUGCACAGCAGGUAGGACCAGAAUUUCUAAAGUGCAGGAAUUUUCACCUGCUGCUGCAUAAGCCUCAGGGUCUGCAUUGAAGUACAGUAUAACCAGCUUCACUACAGUUUUCUUUCCAGUUUUGCUAUCUGAUGUACCUUGUCGCUAAAAUAUUCCAUCGUCUAAAUACCCAAACCAUAUAAUUAAGUUUGUUAUCUGUUGAUUAUUUGACAGGGAAGCGCCACCUCUGUCUUUCUGAGGAUCUUCCAGCAGGUCUUAAAUAACCUGCUCAUUACCAAUCCUCCCUGGCGGGCUCCAUGCACAGUCAAGAAAUACUUACACCAGGUGCUGCAGUGUCCUCGGUGCAAGUCAGGCCCAUGGUCUUUUUUAAAGACUGCCAUCAGGUAUGCUGAAAGUCACAUAAGAUAUCUGGUCAGGUCAUGUAGUCUUGUUAAGUCCUGCUGGUAAAUUUACAUUUAGUUCUACUUAAGGAGCAAUAUGCACAUUAAAAAUUAAACAAGCAUUCUUGACAUGCAUGGAAAGUUGAGUUAAAAUUGCUUUUCUUUAAUCGAUUCUUUGUGUGUUUAUUUCUUCAGCUACUGUCUCUCCUCCGGGAUCACCUGCCACCCGCUCCCUGGACCUGCACUGCCAACACUGUUACAUUUCCACAGUGAUAUUGUAGCAUUUUUCCUCAAGGUCUUCCAAGGGGAGCUCCACUCCAUGACCACUGGGUAAUAUAGGAACAAACAUGGGAAAAAGAAGUGUAUUAUUUUAUUAUUUGAUGAUUUUCUAUAUAUGUUUAAUCAUAUUUUAAUUGUUUGUCGAGUAUUUUCUUUUCAAAAAUAAUUUCUGUAUUGAUCUUCUAAUAUUUUUUUUUAUUUUUAGUCACUCCUCUUUGCCUCUUCCUCACAGGGAUUUAGUUCUGCCUGAAGGUACUGGGUUUUCUCAGUCUUCAUCGUCAGGGUUUUUGCUCUAUGGAACCUUCUGGACUGUUUGGGAACGCUCCACGCUGUUGUCCCAAGCUGUUAAACAACUCCUCCAACACUUAUUACAGGCUGCACAUGAGGUAAUUACCGCAGGGCUCUAACGUAGAUCUUUUCAUCUGAUGGCAGCGUUCCGGUGAACUUUCCAGUAAGACCAGGUUCUGAUGAUGGAGUGUGAUUUUUAUCUGUCUUGAUCGAAAGGACCACAAUGGCAGAGAUAAGAAGCAGCAGCCACGCUUGCUGCACACCCUGCUGGAGCUCCUGUCUGUGUUGGUGGAGUUCUGGUGUCAGCAGCACUUCAAGCUGAACCAGAGUCUGGUGGAAAAGAGCCUAAAGGACCUCGCAGAGCACUUUGCAGUCAUCAGCCAGGGUAUGAAUGCAAGAAAAAGUGCUAAAUAGGAAAAAAAAACAAAAAAAAAACCCCACAUUUUCCAGCUCAUUGAUGUUUCUCUGUGAUAUGACUUACAUGAAAGGAUAAGGGCUACAAGGAGAGAAAAAAAUAACAGGAGGUUUUUUUUUAAAUUAUUAUUUCCUUUGAGAUUAAAGUUGAAAUUUCGAGAUUAAAGUCGGAAUAUAAAAAAGUCGAAAUUUCGAGAUUAAAGUCAAAAUUUCGAUUUUAUUCCUGACAUUUUGUAAUCUUGAAAUUUCAACUUUAAUCUCAAAUUAAUGACUUUUUUCAUUACAACUUUUUAAAAUUUCGACUUUAAUCUAGAAAUUUCGACUUUAAUCUUAUAUUUUGUUCUCGAAAUUUUGACAUUAUUUACAACAUUUCGACAUUGUUAAUUUUAAAAUUUCCACUUUAAUCUAGAAAUUUUGACUUUUUUUUAUUUUGACUUUUUUAAACUCGGACUUUAAUUUUGAAAUUGAAAUUAAAAUUCUCCCUCCUGUUACUAUUUUUUUCUCUUAUUGUGGCCCUAAUCCUCUUUUGUAAAGACUAGUGGGUAAUUUGAUCUAAAAAAAAGUAUAAAGUGCAAUGAAAUUCCGUCAAAUUCAGCAGGACAAUUAGCCGUUUUGCCCAUACUCCUUCACUUGUGUUUUGAUUUUUUUUUUUGUCUUACUACUUAAUUGUUUUUAUGGUUUUAAUUUUUAUUAUGGUUUUCUACUUAGUUGUUUUCUGUUUUCAUCUAGGUGAAUAUAAAUCAUUUCAGUUCAGGUAUCUGAAGGGAUUUUUUUCUCUUUUGUGUUCCAGGUGUGUCUGCAGUACUUCUGGCUGAUCUAGUCAGCAGGAUUCGCUCUACCAGACUGAAGUUGGUGAUGGCUGAUGCCAUUUUCAGGAAUCUUUGCAGUAGAAAUGGAUUCACAGUUGGAGACGGUACCCUCUCUCUCAAGAAAAUGGUGUGUGUGUGUUUUCAGUUCCUCUUCUUCACACAGUUUCCCAUUACGCACCCGUGGGAAACCUCGUAGCUUUUAUCAGUCCUGUCUUCAUUUUGCCCUUGACAGGGUUUGUCGUGAUUUGAGGCACACACCUCUGACUUGUUAAAGUCACAGCAGUUAUUUGCUGCAUAGUUCAGUAGGAGGUGAAGACAUUGAAUGAUAUUGUGCACAAUAGCUUGACAUGAGGGCAAAAUAAGGUUAUGGAAAGUGCAGUUGGCCCUGUUCUUAUAUCAGAGGAAGUUUGGGAAAUUCUGACAACACCGCAGAUGCACAAAUGUUUGUCAGGAGCAGUGAGAAUGAAACAAACUAUUGAGGCUGCUUUAAAGAUUUCUGAUAGGCGCACCAGUUAAUUGUCCUAUAUACUCCACCGUGCUUUUGUAUUAUGGCAAAGAUGGCAUAAACACGGUUCUUUAGUCUUCUUUCAUCAUGUUGUCUAAAACCAGUAGUGAUACACUACAGUAAAAAAGUGUAAGGACAAAGUAUAACCUUGUAUGUAUGUUUGUUUUUGUGAUUUCUGACAGAUGGUGUCCUACCUGAUAGCUCUGGGGUGUUUAGCUCACAGUCCUACCGAUGCUGGAAUCAGGAAAGGACACAACUUUCAGGGAUGCACCAGCCAGGGGAGCAGCUGCAGGUCAGUAACACACACACACAUAGACACACAUAAGUCUAAACAACUGUUUCUCUCUGUUACAUUCUUAAUAAUCAGAAAAAUUACCACAUCUUACUACUAUAGGGAAUUGUAGUUUUCUGAGGAUUUCUGAUGGAGUGCACACAGUUCAUUACAGGUCUACUGCUGUCUGCCUUGUUUCUAUAUUUGCAUGUUAACAAAGGUUAAAAAAACUUGCACUGUUUUUUACUAGCCCAAAAGUUCCUUUCUUAAAAGAACAGGGUAAUUAAAAGUGUUUAGACGUUUAACAAAAAGGUAACAGGAUUCAUGCUUGUGGUUAGAUUUUACAAACUGAACCUGCUUUCUGAAGGGUUUACAGCAUGAGGCCAAAUGGGUGAAAAUGUACGAAUGAGAAACGAUGAGAAACGUGAGUGAAAAGGAACAAAGGAACACCUGGAGAGAGGAUGAGUGUGCGUGUGUGUGUGUGUGUUGGGGGGGGGGGGGGUGAAAGGGUGAGUAGGGGUGAGGAGCAGAGAUGCAUGAAUGAAAGGACUGAGGGGAAAGAAGGAGGGAGGCAAAUGGAGGUCAGACGGAGCGUGAGGAGUUGGCAUGUGAUGGGUCAUGCCCAGGUCUGAUCCUAUCAGUGUGUGCUGGCUGACAGGAGGAGUGCAAAGGGAGGUUAGACCCCUCCCCAUACACAUACACACAAACACACGAACACACACACUCCCUGUAUCACAGCACUGACUCCAACUUGGACAGGAUAGGCAGGCUAGGAUAUCCCAUCAGGCCUUUGUGUCUCCCCUCACGACCACCAGCUCUCAGCCUUCAGCCCCUCCUCUCCACCUCUCUUGAGCUGCCCUCGCAUACUAAAUCCCUCUUUGAUUUCAAUCACACACACACAAACACACACACACACACACACACACUUAACUCCAUAUCAGACAUCUGCUGCUCCACCAGCAGGUAGCUGGCCUGGAGAAGGGCAGGAGUCACAAGGGAGCAGGUUCAUGUGAAGGCUACUGGUUCACGCUCUGACCAGAUCCCGCUCUCCCCCGCUCUCCAUCAUCGCUCCAUCUCUACUUUCUGCCUCUUCAUGCUGUUUUAAGGGUUCAGCUUAAUUUGACAGCGACGCGAGAGGGAGCUGAGUAAAACAAGGAGCGCAAUCUGUGCGGAUGAGAUAAAGAAAUGCCAAAGGGCGUGUAAAAUCAUUUGACCCUGAAAGAAAGAAUAGCAUCAGAAUGACAAUGCCUGUGAGAAAUCGAGGACAGAGAGCGGAGGGGAAUCUUGUUUCUUCAUGUUUCAUGGUGACAUUCAUGAUAGUGUUCAUACUUUAAGCGAUGUUGACACUGUUAAUCAAUUAAAGCUUGUUGAAGUAUUUUGUCAGUUGCCCUCAUCAUGUCAUCUUGGAGCAUUUUUCUGUACAUUUUCUAUUUUCUUGGUGCAGCUAUGACUCAUCGAAACCGUUUAAUAAUUAUGGAUGUCAGCUUUUUUGUUAACUGUGGUCAGGAGUUCAAACACAUUGAAGCUAAUGUGCUAAAUCUUUUCUUUUUGUCUGUUUCUUUUAAAAAUGUCAAUAUCAGUGACAUCCUGAAGGGCUAUUUUUAGUCUGGAACUGCUAACUUGACCAGGUGGCAGCGGUGGUGUCUGUUUUAUAAUUAGUUUAAGACCCACCCUGAUAAAAAUCACAUUUUUCUUGUUGUCUACAUGUUCAUAUGGCAUUUUUCUAAUGCUAUCAUGAGAAAACUAAGCGAAAAAUUCUAUUUCUAAAUAUUUCUGCUUUCAAAUCCCUGUGAACCUCUGGCAGACCCAAAUAGCAGGCUCAGAUACAGUGAGAUUUCUUACGUCACAAAUCCAAGCUCCGCCCCCGGAGCCUCGCUAUGCAGGCAAGACUUUGAGAAGUAGAGAGGAUGUUUGCGGAACAAACAUGUGCGUUAGCAGAUUGCAAUGCUCAUAAGAAAGCUAAUUGAAAUGACACAGGUAACGUGGUUUUGCCUAAAAACUUCAUAAUCACAAUUGAAAGACCUCUGAGAACACUGUAAGUAGUAAAAAAAACAAAAUAAAAGACAAUCGGAGUGGGACGUUAAAGACUACCCCAGAAGAUAAGAACUAGAUGUCUUCAAGCCUAACUUUGAUCUGACUUUGAAGGAGAAGUUUUGGUUUUCAUUUGUUUCACUUCCAUUUCCUCUGACAACACAAAGACAAAAUCCUGGAAAAUCUUUGGGUUUUGCUGCCAGAGCCGCUCAUAAAGGCAGAGAGCAGCCAAAUGACCCCUUUAUCUUUCAUUUCUGGCUCCUCAGAAAGCAUCAGGCUGCUUUACUGUGAUGUAAAGCUGCUGUAGUCAUAUAUGAGCAAUUGCCAGUGUUGUUCCGUACAAACAGCCAGGCUGGCAUCAUCAGGGCACAUGUCCAGGACAUACCAAGCGACAGGCCGGCUGAUUGACUGACUGUUUAGAUGAACGUUUGACUUGCUGGCUGGCUGCGUGGCAGCGAGUGCUGUUAGCAGAAGGGAAGCUGUAAUUAAAUUGAGGUUUCCUCCCUUCUGGCUUAAUCAAGUGCUGUGUGUUGCUUAUCUUUUCAAACCAUUUGACGAUGUUAUUACUGUGGUUUCAUCUCUUCUGAGCAGACCAGUUUACAGUCAGUGUCAGCUGAAUUCAAACAUACUUCAGGGGCUUUUCAACCGGGUAAUAAACUGUCUGAAACGAUUUCUGAUGCCUCUUUAAAAAAAUAACCGAACAUCAGAAACACAAUGGCUCUUUCUGUAAAACUUAAAGUAGGACUGUCAAGUCCUAGUCGACUGGUCAACUUAUUGGUUGAUAUGUGCCGAGUCGACCAAAAUUCUGAUUGGUCGACACAAUUUUUUUCCGCGUCAAUUUACGGUCUAUGGUUAAUUUCAUCAGGAGGAACGUACCAAGUGCCAACAACAACAGCCUGUCUCAGAACACUUCCCUUUUUUUCGCCAUUUUGGAUUCCCUCAACCCACUGGAGACUGGCUGGAGAGUGGAGACAGGAAGAUUCAAGAGUGUCCAUGUUAAUCAAUGUCCAGUGGGCGAUAUUUUUUUUCGUAUGAUGGUAGGGGAAGGUCCCGCCUCCUUCACCUCUGAUUGGCUGUGAAACGUCAUCACACGCUCACGUGCGGGCAGUCGGCUCUGUACAUCGAACAAAACAUUACAGAACAUUAUUGCAACUCUGAAUCUCCUAACCCUGACCCUAAUCCUAUCUCUAACCGGACAGAUGAUGACAUUUCACAGCCAUAAGAAAUAACCAAUUGGAGCCCAGCACUCCUAGCCAAUCAGAGGUGAAGGAGGGCGGGACCUUUCCCUACCAUCCUACAAAAAAUAACCCUGCGUCCAGUGGUUUGCGUUUGUGUUAAAUUGCCUUCCUGUGUUAAUAUCAGUACAUUUUCACUCAGCCGAGCCGUGUCAUCCCCCGCCACAAAAGGGUUUGGUCGUCAGAGUCAGAACACCCCCCCAAUUAGUCGAUCUCUGGUCGAAAAUUUCAGGGUUUUAGUCGACCAAGAACUUGGUUGAUUACAGUCCUAAAUACCUGUCAUUGCUCCAUUAGAAUAGGACAGCAAAGUCUUAAAGUGAAUGUUACUUCUGCCGGUCACAGUAGUAUCGAGUUAGCUUGGUUAUACUAAAAGCUUAUGUACACAAGAGAGAUGAGAUUUACUUCUUAUUUCAGAGGAGUCUCCAGAAUUGAGCAAAACUGAAUUAACAGUUCCUUGAAGGAAAGUCCUUGACUCGAUGAACUGUAACAAUAAUUUAAAAAUGAAGACAUAUUUGAGGUACAGGGUAUUUUUUUCCCUUUUGGUAGAAAAAUAAAGCAGCUACAAAAUGUAACACACAGAUCUUCCACUGCUGUGGCAUUAAACAUAAACUUUCUUAUUAGUUCUAUUAUCGCAAACAAGUUUCUGGAGAUUAAGUCUCCAAGGAUACACACUGCCCCAGGCCUAGAGUUGAUUUCUAGGCCGCUGACAGCAAGCUGGCCUCCUAAGAAUACUGUGCAGGAGAGAGAGACCGCAGCGUAUAAAGCCAAGUACUGUCAUCCUCCACUGUUGGCAGAAUAUAUGGACAGGGGACACACGGGUGAAGUGAUACGCCCUUUUCCAAGACACUCUGAUGGACUCCCUCAAAAACACACACUCAAAUAUACACACAGGGCCCGUCUCAUCUUUUCGCAGCCUUGUCCCUGCUAAUAACAAGCAACGUGACAGGACGUGUGUUUCCUCCUCACUGCUGGGAGCUCCUUCCUGGCUUCUGAACAAGCCAAUUACCAGGGAACAAGCCUCUUCCCUGUUAUACGGAUGGCACUCCGCUUCCAUGCGGCGCACGCGCACACGCACGCACGUAUACACUGAAGACACCUGUCAGGCUUCAUGCAGGCAGAUCUCCCAUACCCACUCACAGGACUAGUGACAGCCCACAGCUAUUAGCACGCCACUACUUUGAAGAGGCUUCACUUUCUUUUACUAGUUAUUCCUCCUAAUGUGCUUGCUCACAUCGAAUUCUCCGUCUGUGCGUUUGAGGCGUUAAGUGGGAGGAAAAGUGCUUUAGAGACGGGAAUGCAGGGUUGGAUGUGUGAAGUGUGUGUGUGGCCGACACAGUAGGGGUUUGACAGAUAUUGUCAGAUUUCGUAUGGAAUGAUACAGAGCCAAAAGGGAUUCAUUUGCUAAUGGCACUUUUCGCAGCGACGCCUGUUUGAGCACCAGGUCUCCUCCCUCUUCACGGAAAUGGUCAGAAUCUUUGACACUUGUUUACGUGAAUCCUGGAUAAUCUCUUAUUUAAUUAGGUGUAAAACAUACAUGUAUAUUUUCCCAUAACCCUUUUGACCUUAUGUCUCUCUCCUCGCGCAGCACGGAGAGCUCUUUGGAGAAGGAAGCAAAGCUGGAAAAAGAGAACAUCCCGAGAGGUUUAAACAGAGUCAACGCAGCAGGUAAAGACACACACACUCUCUAACGCGCACAUGCCUUAAAAAUAUGGCUGCACAUUUGCACUGAGCAGACUUUUAAUGGACUGAUGCACUGCACUAGGUCAUCAGUAAAGAGCGACAUGAUAGCUCUGUCAUCACUUUCAGUUUAAUGAAGAGCACAUAAUGUAUGGAGAGAGAGUGAUUGAUCUGCAUCCGGCUGUGCUUCUAUCUAGUCAGCUGUGCGGCCGACUCAGCUGCAUAAUCCGGCCUGUCGUACACACUCUGGGCUGCAUCACCACCUCUGUAUUGUUCCUCUUUUUUGCUUCUGACACACACUGUUUGUUUUCUUUUUUCCACAUGUCUUAUUCACCUUUUCAUACAGAUGAAUAAUUAAAUGGCGCGGGCAGAAAUAAUGGCUUCCUCACACAAAACAGUACCACAUAUUAGUACGCACAGUGCGCCUCAGAUCUCCAUUUUGAGGGUAUUAAAUGCAGCAAUUAGGGCCACGCUGCAGAUAUACAGGGGCUGCACUGGUGGAACUUCCUGCAAUUAGAGGCAUGGCACUCUGUGUGAACUCUCGAAGGUGUCAGAGCUCAUAUCUCCCCCCUCCACCUGAUCAGAAAGGCCCUGUGCUGGUGCGAAGGAGGGGUGGAGGGUAAAGGAGAGGGAGAGUAGGGGGAGAAGGGGAAUGGGGGAGGGAGGGCUGAGGCAGGAGACUCAAGGCUGUUGGCAUGUGUUGUUUUUCCACUACGUGAUCUCUAUACCGAUGCAGUCGGCAUUAAUUUUUGAUGAACCAUCGGCACAGCAUCCUCCCCUCUCGCCCUCUCAUCCCAUUGCUCCUCACCCUUUUCUCCCUCUCUCUCUCUUUCCUUCCCUCUCUAUCUCUUACAGGCUUUUUUACUCACAUAUAUAAGCUCGUUUUCUUAUGUGCUGCACUUUUUUUUUGCUUUGGAGCAUCUGUCUCGCCUCCUGGAACCUCUGUAUCUUUGUCAAAGUAGCUGAGAAGGGUUGGGGGAUUUGGGAUGAACUUUCCGUCUUCUAUUCUGUAUUUGCUUCUGGAAACUCUGCAGAGAUUUCAGUCUAAAUCAGCUGAAUAUACUGUAUGUAAAUUCUCAAACAAGACAAGAUGCACUUUGGAUCGCUUUAAAUCAGUUUGCUUUUAGCUUCAUGUCAUCGUAACACUCAUGCAGCCUAUCUUAAAGGUUUGCUCCAUUGUUGCUUUGGCAUAUGAAGCCUUUCAAGUCGUGGCUUGAUACUGGCAAAAACAACAAGGCCAAUUAUUACUCUCUGUUUUGGGAAUUAGACUGAAUGACUGUUCCUUCUUCACAGAUUGAAGAUUUCAUGAAUCAAAACUUGUCAGGUUGGCACCAUUUAAGACUCCUCGUUUCUAUUUUUGGCUCAUCUUACCAGUAAUUUAUAUGAUAAUAAGUAACUCUGAUCUGUUUGUAAGGUUGUCAAAAUAUUUGUACUGGGUAGGCGUCAAAUUCUGACAUCAAAAUCUCAAGGUAGUUUGACACAAAUCGUACAUUCGGAUCAUGGGGCGACUCAUAACCCGCUGUUAGGCUGAUGUAAUAUCUGAUCGUGGGCUGAGGUCAAAAGUUGAUGGAGAUUGGACGUCAUUACCAAGCAGCAACCUCCAGUGUUGAGAAAUAAAGCCGAUGAGGAAGCGCAAAAAACUGUAGUUCCUGAAGUGCUCACUUGAGGCUGGCUGACAGAGUUUAGCUAUCGUUAUUGGGAAGUAGGGACAGCUCAUUUCACAGCCAGAAGAUGGGUUCCAUGAUAGCUACACAUGCAAAUCCUACACCUCUUUCAUUUUAUUUGUUCUGCAGAAUUUUGAAUUCCUAUUCAAUAAAACUAAAAAUACCAAUCAACAAAUUUUACAGUUAAGUUUAAACAAGUGCAUGCCAAAGUUGAACUCAGUCAAGUCGAGUUUGAUCAAGGCUGACAGUCUAGUCUUGUGUACAAUUCAAAUCAGGAGUGUCUGCAUAAAUAAAGACUGAGUUAUUUAGAAUGAGGUUUUGUGCUAAAGCAUCAUCUGCACUGGUGUUGUACUAUGCUAUAAUUUAAAAAAUAAUGCAUAACAUUUUUUGCACAAUGUGCCUGUGACAAACCAACAGCUAUCAUAUUUCUGUCCCUGAUUGAUUUGACAGCAUUUCUGUUAAUGAGUGCAAAAUAGUAUUGAUCAAUAAACAUGCAACAUGAACUACACACAGAUCUUCUGACAAGCUAAUAUCAAAACUUGGCCCAAUAAUGAUGCUUGAUUAGAGGUCAGACCUGCUGCAGGUGCUGAUUUGCAUCCCAGAUUUACACUUGCUGCAAACUUCAAAAGGUUCCUCCUCUGUCAAAACUCCUCACCACUAAAUUUAGUCAAAAUCUGGCCAGUGGUUUUUCAUGACAGCUGCUUGCAAAUAGAAUUGUUGCUUCCACUUGUUUGAACAGACAUGUCAUAUUCUAAAUCUCAGUGAUAGUUGUGUCGCGGCGAUGAACGGCCUGUGACGUUAGGGCGCACUCCAAGAAACAGCCACUUAAAGUUGAAGGAUUUAUCCCAAAACAAUUAAAAUGUUCACAAAAGCUUCUUGAAAACCGAUAUUAAAUUCAAAGAUGACAGAAUUUCUGCUUUAACUAAGAAACAAGUCCAACAUACAUGUGUGGUCAAAAACUAUACAAAACCACAGCCUUCACCUGCCUGACACUGGCAGACUGACACCACCCGCCGUGACGUGUGACCACAAUCAUGUGACCAAAAAUGAUAACAUCAGAAAUACCAACCAAUAAAUCAACUCUGCUCAAAUCCAACCAAACAAAAGAGACGUCAAUCAUAAACAGUGUUUUUAAAUAUAAAAUGGCUACAACAAGUUGUUUGUCUUUCAAUCAAACCGGUUUGAUCCUGGCUCCUGCAGUCUACUAUUAAGGUGAAGAUGAAGGUGGGAUACAAGGACUCUGGAUGGUCAGAGGACUGGAAGUGCACUUUAUACUGUAAGCAUACUUUCUGCUAUGUCAAUGCCAGAAAAAAUUAUUGAAGUUAGAAUAAUUCAUUCAUUCUUCAUUUGUGGAAAUUAAAGUGUUACCAUUGUGUCUUGAGCCAGAGACAACAGAAGUCCUCACAUAGAUUAAAACGGGUCCAGUAAAUGGCAAAGAAUACCUUUCAAACACAGUCCUAACAAAUAGCAUUGUUCCAGGUUUCCCCUUGCAUUUUGGUCCAGGGAUUUUUGGGCCAAGUGACACUUUACAGGAGUGUAGUGAGCAGACUGAGGGAUAUAAAGAGCAACACAUACAUUUAACUUUUCUAUUAAAGUGUGAAACAGGGGAUUUAUAGAAAAGGACAGGCGGAUUUAUCCUUUCCGUGCUUGUAAAUGCUGAGCAUGCAAUUACCCCUAUAAUAGAGGCGUUGUGUCCAAAUUGGAGCCAUUAAAGUGAUUUAACAGUGCAUGGAUUGGCCCUGGCAUUUGCGAGGAUGUGUACACAUGGGGUGUAGUGGAAUGGGUGUUUAAUCACAGUGUUUUAGAGCCCGGUAACAGCAGAGCAGUUCAUGUAAAACAGUGACGUGCCAUACAGUACAGCUUACUCAUCAAGAGUGAGCGUUAGUUUGGACCUGACACCACUCUCAGUUUCACUUCUUCAUUUUGGUUUGGUCAUUAAACCUGAUGCAACAACUAUCUCUACUUCUGCUCUCUGAAUUUCCUUUUUUUGAAAACCUGCUGACAUUCACAAAAGUAUUCAUUUAUUUUCUAAACAUUAUUUGAAUUUUUGUUGAAAAUUGUUGAAAAAAUAAACUCAGAGUUAUUAAAGUUUAAAGUUAGUCAAAGUCCCAUUUGUGUGGAGCUGCAAAUUGAAACUGCAGACGAACUAGCAGUCAAAGUGAUUUUAAUGUGUUGCGUUUAAGAAGCUGCAGUAAAUGUCCUGGCUGCAUCUUCUAAAGAGCAAAAGUGAUUUCCUACUUUCUUUAAUUGGGUGGGGGUGGGGUGAUUUUUUUUUUAACAACACAUCUGUUUCAAGGAUAUUCAGGUUACAAGUUUCGCAGCAUUAGAGACACAGCUGACUAGAUUAACUGGGGAGCUGUCAGGGAGUAGACUUUAAGGCCCGCCUCAACUCCACCUCUUUACCUCUUGGUUUGUCGACCAAAAGUUAGGUUGAAAAAGCAUUUUUGAUAUUGUGACAGCUGCCAAAAGGUUUGAAAAUUCCACUUCAAUGACACAUGGGUGUUGCCACUUUGACUUAGUCUAUGUAUUAGGGCUGGGCGAUAAACCGAAAAUUUACCGAUAACGAAGUUUACAACAAUUUAUGACGUCAUUUUGCCCAUAUCGGUAUAUUCGGUGUCAAAAAAUGAAUAAACAAAAGUUGGUUUUGGGUGUGUGUAGGUAGGCUAUGGUCUAGUGUCUCUUUAAGAUGCUAUCCUACGUCGGAGAUGUGACUCCACCCCAUCCAGUCCAUAACAAGAGACAGGUGAGGAGAUGGAGGACAGUUCAAAAGUUGGAGAGGCUGGAGCGGCGGCUGAAAUAGACGAAGUUAAAGUGGGAGGGGUUGAGCAACUUGUGGAGUAGUUAUCGUCCAUUUAUCGUUAUCGACGUGAACUGCUCAUUAUAUCGUGAUAUUGAUUUGAGGCUGUAUCGCCCAGCCCUGAUGUAUAAUGCUGCUAAUGUUUCACACGCCUUAAAAGUCAAGUUUAAAACAGAAGUCUUAAAGUCUGGCUCUGUGUGAUUGUCCGUCACAGGUCAGCUCCCAUUUUUUUAAAUUUUUCUGGAGAGUUCAUGACACCAAAAUCCUUGACAACUAUCUUGAUACACUGUAUGUACGUGUGUUGUUUCUCAAAUCCACAUUUUCAGCAUCAAAAAGUAUGCGCAGAUCAAACUCUCUGAACUUCUGUUUUGCAUCCCAUCUUGGUAAAUCAUAAAUGAUCCUCUAUUUGAUAAACCGCUCCUCCAUUUUCCUGUUUUCUAUACCCCUCUCCUUUUCUUCACUACCACCGGAUGGCAUUUAAUGCAUCUUCUGCACCCUCAAAGACACCUCCUAGAAGAAAGGAAUCUUGAGAAUGAAAAGAGCCCGGCAUUUUCAAUAUUUUUCAUUCUUACUCAUAUGCUUUGAAAUGCAAGAAACCCUUUCACCCGCUCCUCCAUCGCUUCUUCGUUCUUGCCCCUGCGUUUCCUCCCUCCCCUCGCCUCCGCCACCUCCUUUUUUUGCCCCAGUCUGUGCUCUGUGAGCGCUGAAGUGGAGCCCCUGUACAGGCGUGGCGUCCUGGGGAGAGCUAGUAAAGCAUUUAUUACGGGCUUUGCAGUUCUGUAUUAUACUGGCAAGCACAGAGCCACUCAUGCUUGGCCUUUAACUUCCCUCUGAAGUUCAGCCAUACAUGAAAGGAGGGGGCUCUGGGCCACUAAUGUAUUCCUGGUUUAAUAUUGUAUCAGGGAAAAGUGUGGGACAAGGUAAAGACGUGAAAAAAAGCAAAGAGCGGGGAGGAAAAUUGUGUUUAAAAAUGUAAAUGGAAUCCUUGAGAGGGUUUUUCCAUGCCUGUUCACUGGUAGUUUGCUGAUUAAAUAUCACGUGGCGACAGUGGCAAUGCCCAGCGGAGCUUUUGAACCCUGGAUCUGUGAAGAAUCCGUUUGGAGGCUUUGUGCGUGGGCUGUCUACCAUAACUUCCUCUCGAGUAACAAUACAGGGACGAGCGGACAGGAAGCGAGACCACUUUCUCGCUGCUACAUCCAUUCACCCGCCGACUGCCCCGAUAUUAACUUUGUCUGGCUCACAGUGUAAGUGGAAAAUCUCUGUGUCUAUAAAAGAGGCAAAGAGCGAAGCGAAUAGUCCAACUCUCCAUAUUUAAUUUUUUUCCUCCCUUGAAAGGUCUCCCCCCUUUUCUCAUCACUCGUCUUAAAUCGCAUCCUCAUUGGCGGGUCGUACUUUUUUAGGUCAGGCUUUUUUCCUGGUGUUAGGGGACAUUUCUGGGGUAUUUUAUUGGUGUGUUCAGCAUAUGGAGGGGGACAAUGGGCAGGACAUCAGGCACACCCUAAUUUGGGAUUUCUCUCUUCUCUUCCGCCUCUCUUCUCUGUUGGGUGUGUUUGUCCGUUGUGUGUGUCCUGGUCGAAGGAGAGACCCUCCUCCACAGAGCUUGCAAGAGGAACCAUGUGGAAACAGUGCUUCAGAUCCUGGCGCUUCCUGGCAUGGACGUCAACGUUAAAGGUAGGACUUUCUCGCUGCUCCUUUUCUUUCUGUAACCUCACCUCUCUCCCACUGUUUGCUCUGGGGUUUCGAGGAACGAUUAACAUCGGAGAAAAAAAUAGGAGAGGAGAAAUAGGAGUGUGUGUGCGUCAUCAUUGAGGUUAACCUUUAGCUAAAAUGUAAAGGGUGUGUCUACAGAGAGCGGGGAGGUUUGGAGGUGCAGAUUUAUGGCGUUAUUGUGACUUUGCUAAGUGUAUUAAUGCCUUUUGAUAUUUCAGAGCGACUUUCUUUUGUCCCUUUAGGUCAAAUAUAAUGAGCCACCCUGCUUUAAUGGAAAUGUGUUGCCGUUUCUAAAGGUUUCUCCGAUUUCGUAAUCGUCCGUUAAUAGCCGCUUAAAUUAACUUCCUCCUCGGUAGGGGGCUGAUGCAAAAGGUGAUGUCCAAAACGAGACGAGCAAGAAUUUUAGCGAAAUUUGCAAAACUACCGUUGUCACCUUGCAGUUUUCCCCUCCCGAAACCAGGCCCGGUUAACAGAGGCAGAACAAUUUCUGUUUGAAGCCUUUCGGUUCAGUGAAAACAAAACUGUCGUCAAGUGUUACCCAACAUUCAUACAGCUUUAACUCCGAGAAAAAGACUACAAGAAAUGAAGGCAGAAAUAUGCCUUAAGUGUCAGAAAUACAGCUUCUAUUACAUGUUCAUGGUCAUCGUUGUGAAUAUAUUGUAACGCCACUUAGGAGUUUAAAUCAUCUUAAGGCAUAAAACUAUCAUGAGUCAAGCUUCAGCAGCCCAAGUUCAGCUGCAGUGAUGUUCUGUUUCCUCAAGGUAGUAGCAAGGACAAAUAAGUCAUUAAAAUACUCUUUAAAUUAGCCGUUAUUUAUGAUACGGAUGGAGCUUUGUGUAUUGACUGCGUUGUUUACAUUAUUAGCUUAAUCAACUUUGGCUUUAAGUACCUUUAAACUAACGCUUGGUUCCUCUGGUUAGCUCCUGCUAGCUUGUUUGCAUGCACAGGCGUUAGCUUUCACAGCUCAACCUACAUCUAAACCUCAACAGAUUUAGUUUGCUUGCUAAUGGGAGUGAAAGUCUCUCAAUAUCUUUGUGUGGAGAAAAUACUGAAAUACUUUAUAACCUUGCUUUGAGAAAGAAAAAACAGAAAAUGUACUGCUAAAAAACGUGCAAACUCUUGGUCAUAAUUUCACAUUGAUAGUAUUUUUAAUGUUCUGUUUUAUAAUUGAGAUACACUUUUUAAAAUAUAAUAGGUUCAGAAAAAACCUCUGUCUUACAAUGUUACUGCUGAAGUCUCUUUAGCUCUGUUUUGUGUGUUUGGGUUUGUACUCUACUCAGAUUAUGCAGGAUGGACGCCUCUGCACGAAGCGUGCAACUACGGCAGCACAGCCUGCGUGGAGCUCUUGCUACGUUAUCGCCCCGCCCCUCAGCUCAACAGCCAGGUGGGUGGAGUCAGUCCACUGCAUGACGCCCUGCGGAACCAGCACAUGGACAUCGCCAAGAUGCUACUGGAGCACGCAGGUGAGUUCACACCCCUAGAGGCACGUUGGUUUGAAAUAUGAGCGAACAUGAAGUAGCGGAAAAAGUUAAGGCUUUAAAAAAGGAAGCUAAAGCUAUUGAUACCGUUUUUGCUCCGGUGUUUUCUUCAUGGUUCCUUAACAGGAACAGGUCUGUGCUCUAAUGGUACCAAAGCAGCUCACAAAUACGAGUAUGACUGGCAGUGUUUUACAUCUGUUGAAGGAACAUUUGUGUUGGUUUACCCUCUACAUUCACACUGAAAGGACGCUGCAGCCUCACAUUGGUGCAAUAACUCGUGAUGCAGGUAAUAAUAGUUGGAAGAAGAGACGGAUGCCACAUGUUCACCCUUACAGUGCAAUGCUUUUCUGUCUGUGUAGCUGCAUAAAAGGCCAUUUGACACAAAAUAUGUCGGACAAAUCUUGGGUCAACCAGUCAGAGUAGAUUAGAAGUAAUUCUUUAGGAAUAUUUUAAGAGAUUAAUGUAUUUCUAUAUUUUUAAGAAAGCUCUACCUAGUGCACUUUUUUAAUGAAAAAAAAAACUGCUGCUGCUGUUGGUUUUGGAUCUCUGUAGUUCAGUAGCAUCAGUCAUGCAGGUUCAAUUAGCUCUUUCAAUCAAGGCUACAUGUUUAUUUGUCCUAAUUAGAUUGGAUAUACGCAGCUGAUUUUAGAUGCGUUUCUGUAAUCCAUCUUCCUUUAAACGAUUCAUUAAGCCAAAUGGCUGCCGCCACGUUGAUGGAAUCAUAUAAUGUUUAAAUAAAACACCUUUAACUUGUCUGGCCAGUUGGCUGCCAAGAGAGCUAAUCUGUAGAAUUAGACAGUCAGCUGAUGAUUUACCACAGUGGAGGGCUACAUGUAGCCGCCGCUGCUGCUGCUGUUUCUGUUUCUGCAGCCAAGACAAGCUUUUCAUUAAUUUAGCCGACAAUUGUAGCUGAGCUCACUGACAGUUUGAAUGCUGUCUUCAACCUUAUUAGGGUGCCAGUUUUUAUUUUAACUGGCCCCUUGGUAGAGUGAGGGACCUGUUGAUGUGGGACAUUUAAAGGGCCAGCACACUAAUUCCACACAUCGGUUUACUAUUCAGCCUGUGAAUGCAGACUUUUAGUUUCUUUCCAAGCUCUGGAGGGAACUUGUAAAGUUUGAAAAAGUAUUUUUGAUGAUGCUGUUAAAUGAGGCUCCAACUAAAGAUGCCAUAUGCAUUAUGGGAAAUAAAGAAUCUAUAGUUUAUUUGGGCUGAAUCCAUACAGGAGAUUGUUUUUUUAAUUAUGAAUUUUGUUUUCCCUCCAAUUGUGUUACAAUUUGAUCUCAUUUCUGGAGAUCAUUUUAUUAGUAUUAGCUCAAGCAAAUCUAAUAAAACUUAUAUACUCUGUAUUUACCCACAGUUCUUUAAAGAUUCACAAGAUACUAACAGACUUGGUCCCAGAUGAAGCAGCAGUGAGUUUAAGAUCAUCGUCACCACCUCUUCUUUGCCCCUGACACUCAUCUUCAUAAGAUCCUGCUCUGCAGCUUCUGUCCAAAUACAUUACAGCGUCACCUCCUAAGAUGUCUGUUAAUGCCGUUUUGACGGGAUGAGAGGAGUCAGGAAUCUGCCGCUUGUGUAAUUCACACACAGGGAAUUUUCGCGGAAAUGUGUCACAACACGACUAGUUUGUACGUCUGCAUGUUUGUGUGCCUCAUACGGUCUGAGCUCAGGAGAGCUGAAGUGAGCGUGACGGGUGUCAGAGCUCAGGAGAGGGUGGCGUCGAUGGGUGCAUGGCAGCAGGUGGCAGAGGAAAUGUCUGUGCUUUUUUUUUAGAGGGGGGGUGAGGAAGAGAGGAUGGGGGGGGGGGUUGUCUGCAUUGAACAAGUCUCUCAUGUAACAUACCUCUGCCUCUGCUCACUCCUUGGUUUGACUAAUUAUAGUUAAUUUGAUUCGACUUUUCCCAUUAACACAUGUACAUAUUCUGUCCUCAAAAAAUAAAUUAGACUGGGAUUGUUUAGUCCCGGAGAGGAAACAAGAGAGCGCUGCCUUCUUUUUUUUUCUCCCUCUCUCUCUUCCUUCCUCUGAAACAGGAGGGAGAGCAAAUUAAAAGAGGUCAGAAGAAGAGGCAGCUAUCUGUAUCUGAAAAAUUAGAGGAGAAAAUGUGUGUGUGUGUGCGGGUGUAUGUGUGUGUAGCAGACGUCUGGCCUGCUGUCUAGGCCAGGUCUCCUCACAGGGACCUCACAGAACAACAUGGAAUAAGAACACUCUGGUUUUUAAACACCUGCAGGCUUGUACAUUACACUUCUUUUUCUCACUCGCUCUCGCCUGACUGUUUGCUAUUUCCUCACACCUUGAUGGCGGCUUGUCUAAAGGCUACAGCAGGGAGCUGGUGAGGAGGUGGUCCUCUUGACUCCAGGCCACACUGUCUCUCCCUGAUCUCCAUCUGGUUGCCAUGGACACCACGGAUAGUCCUAGCAUUUUUUUUUCCUGCUUCUUUCAGAAGUCAAAGUCCAGGCUGUUAAAUGUGAAAAGUUGUAGCUUGAGGGCUACAUCAUGCUUAGUUACCGUAACCAUCUUUGUGUUGUUGUUCGUUCCAGUUUUUCUCUAAACUUAAGCAGGACUUUUGUGCUUGUGGCUGCAUUUCUAACACCCAUACAUCAGAGCACUUAAAUUUUGUGUGCCGUCCCAUGAUAGCAAAACAGGCCAGUGGGCCAGAUGCUUUUCUAUUUCUCUCUCUCUCUUUUUCCCUCUCUCUCUUUAUUUAUUUCAUUCCUUCGUUUUAUUCUUGCAACACCUCCUGAAACUAUAUUUUUCAUUGAAGCGCUCACCCCGCUGUCCUAGUUGUUUCACACAGGCAGGCUGAACCUUGCUGCCAAGGUUUCUGUAGGCCAGAGAGGGCAACACUGACACUGGCACGCCAACAAAGCCUUUACUUGGGAGUGAUCUCACCCCUUUGUAAGCCUGUCUGCUCCAAGGCCUGGGCCCUGUGUGUGUGUGUCUGUGUGCGUUUUCAAGGGGUGAAUUGUAAAAGGGGGGAGGAGGAAUGGAUGGAUCCCACCCCCUCCUAUUUACCCCCUCUACCUCAGUCCCUGAAGGCUUUUGGAGCUGGCAAGGAAAGGAUGCCAUGGCUGAGGGCAAGGCUGACUCCGCUCUCCUCCACUCCUCCUCCUAUCGCCCAAGGCUGCCCCACAUGACCCUGCGCGAAAUGCUGUGUGUGUGUGUGUGAGUGUGUGUUUGGCUUGUUUUUGCUCUGAGUGUCCUUGGCUAUAUAUUUUGGUGUAAGAGUACGCAUGCACAAGUAUUUUCCUGAAUCUUAAAUACUGGAACGAGCGUUUGCUGGCUUGCAAUUAAGAAUCUGUAAGAGUGUUUGCUGACGCUUGCUGUGCCCCUUCCUCAGCUGGUAAGAGAUUUUUGCAGGGUGGCCAGGGCAGCCGGUACCCCUGAUUGGAAUGGAAAAUGACCCGGAGCGUUUAGCAGUGCAGUACAGAGCUGGCACAUACGCGUACACACACACACACACACACACACACAUAGAGGAGGCGUGUCGGCGAGAAAAAGGGGGUGGAGAGAUAAAGAAAAGAGCCUUUAAGCUGUCACCAAUCGGCCCUGUGAGCGUAAUCGCUGAUGGCGUCCUCUCAAUGCAGCCCACCGUGUUAGUAAGCACAGCUAGUCCACCUCGGCUUGUAAACACACACACACAAGGACUCAUUUAGACGCUUGGAGGGUAAGAGUAAAGUAGCAGAAAGAAUUGGUCAGGUAUGUGUUCAAGCGCUUUGUUGUUUCUCUAAUUGUUUGGCUUGAGACGAGUUCAAAAGAGGCCAGACAGCUUGCCACAUGACUGCAUCUCUAAUUUCUCUUUGGAUUUUUUUUUUUUUCUGCAUCUUCUGCGCACACACUCACACUCACACGUAAACACAGGCACGGUUAACGCAGAGCGUUCCUGCCGCGGUCCCUGCAGAUCUUAAUGCGAACAAGUGUUUGUGGAGCAGAAAGAUGUCAUUUGCUCAGUGGCACAGGAAACACACGGUCCCCUCGGACCCGCUGUAGUCAGUCAUGGUUUGUCUCUGUCUGUUUGUCUAUCUCUGUCAUAGAUACAUACACACUCACAGGUAACGCCGCAGACACACUUGGGCCUCUUCACUGUCAACACGGUGAAGAAAGUUCAUUCUGCUCAGCUCUUAUUUCCCUGUGGGUCCUGAACUGGCAGAGCGCUCGUACUAUUAGAGGUGAGGCUGUGUUUGGAGCCCUCGGCUUCACUCGGGUGUGUUGAUGUUUCAGCUUUCUGCAGGCUGUAUUUCAAGGACUUCCCUCGCUGGGAAUUUUUCACUAGAUUCGUCUUCUGUCUCCUCUCUUCCUGCCUGUCUCUCGCUAUCCAACCCCCCCCAAAACCUUUCUUUUCUGUGUUUUGGGGUGGCUGCCAGGAUUAAGUCUGGAGCUCUUUCCAACCGUCUCCCUGGUUAUUCCUCAUCGUGCUCCAAGAGGAGAAAGAGAGAGAGAGGGAGAGAGACCCCUUUUCACAUAAACCCAGAGAGAAUGUUGCCAAAAGUUUCUUACAGGCUAGUUAAGUCCAGAACCACCUUUCAAAAUUUACAAACACACUCUUAUUUUGCUCUUUUCUAUUUUUUUAAAGUAUGACGGCCAUAACAAGCUUGUUUUAGUGAAAAAGAAAAAAACAGGGACAAAGAUACACAGAUUAUCUCCUUUUAGUUGGACUCUGUAGGCUGCUGGAGUUUAAGUUUGUCUCAUUCCCAAGGUUUUAAGAGUGUUUGAGAUUUUAAGUGCAGUAAACCUCCUCCUCUGUCCACAAAGCUGAGUUUCAAGGUUUACUUCUUAUUUGCCUGUUUGAUUUUAAACCAAAAAACACUUGGUAACAGGCCAGAGCUGAUUUUGUGUUGUUGGCCAUGAAGAUAGUUCUCUGUCUUCCUCCAGCCCUGAACCUAGAUCAUCCUACACUCCUUCUCAAUAAAUGUUAUCGCCUCUCUUUAAUAAAAGCACUUUACAAGAACUUUAGGGAAGAAGUAGAAUCGAUAUAAACACUAAACACAGACAAGGACAGACUUUAUAAAAGCUGUUCAAACUGGUAGGGUAGGUUAUACAGUGAUAAGGAAGUGUGAAUAAAGAAAUCAAACAGCUGAUUGUUUGCUUAAAUUACUAUUUCAACAACUUGGAGGCAUGGGUGGAACUUAAAAGUAAGCAUGGCUUUUGUUAUAGGGUCACAAGGUUCCUACACAAGUAUGGAAAAAUAUAGAAAUAAAUUCGAUCAAUUUCCAGGUGUUAAAAAGUAUGGAAAAUGAAAAAUAAAGUAUGGAAAAAUAUUUAUGUUUCCAGACUAUUACCACAAUUCUAAAAUACUGUUUUCUUAAAUAGAAAAGUAGAUACAGCAUAGUAUUGCAAUAUUUUGUCCGGUGAUAUAUCGUAGCGUCUCAUUUACCAAGUAUAGAUUUUUCUAAUUAAUUGCUAAUAUGAAGUCAAAUCUAUGAUAGUAGAAAAAUAAAAUCAACUGUUUGUCCAGUGAAGUUGGCAGAGGUGACAUUAUAAAGCAGGAAAAAGUUAGUCCAACAAAUAUAUAUAAAGUUUGCAAGGUGUGCUACAUGAAAAUAAAAUACAGCGUAAAUAAGACAAACAUGAAGGAAAGUUAAAUGCUAAAUUAGCUAAACAGUUUAAAAAAUUGUAUACAUCGCAAUAUAUUGUAUCGCAAUACUCACUGUAUUGCAAAAUGUAAAAAAUCACAAUAAUAUCGUAUCGUGGGGCCACUGGUGAUUCCCACCCCUAGUACUCACAAAGUGUAUUAUUUGUAUAGUACAUAUUUAUUAGUCCGAGUAAAAUCUCAACAUUCACCGAAUAGAUGGCACCAGUGAACGUGCUGGCAUGGUAAACACUGUGAAUAGCCUACACUCACCAAACUCAAGCAUGUUAGUGUUCUGACACGACAUUUUACACAGUCAGAUAAAACUCUGGUUAAAUAUCAGAUUGAUUGGGGCCAAUUAGAAAAAAAAAUGAUAUUAAGUUUAUUUUAGAUUUAUGUUGCAAGUAUUAUGUGAAAUAUGAAGCAUAGGAAUUAAAAAAAAACUCUGGGUUAUAGUUCGCACUACAAAUGACUGCAAUAGAAAAUAUUGUAAUGUCAUUUUCUUCAGUUUAGAAAAAGCUCUCGUCAGUUUGUUAAAAUUAACAAUUAACUCAGAGAACUAGUGAGUGCUGCACAGGAGCAGCCUCGUUUUUCAGUUUUCUAUCUAAAUUAACUUCACCUGAUCCUGACCUUCUUUGCUGAGUUUCCAGAGUAUGAGCCAAGUGGAAAUUUAUGAGACGUGAUAAGAAAAUGCUUGGGAAAUAUAGGUUUAUCCAUUUAUACAUUUACAGUAAAACUGAAAAGCAAAAUUUGGAAUUUGGUUCAUGACAAAAUCCAACAUAAAACUGCUUAAAUGCUUUUAGCAAUUUAGUAAUCAUAAUUGAAAACUUAAACAUUAUACACAGGAGUCAACAGUUAACUAGUUACAGGACAGAUAUGUCACUAAGUUCUAUGACGUGUAGCCAAUCAGAUUGUGUUGUGGGCGGGACAUAAGACCAGACAAAGUGGUGCAAGAAUACAGAAGCAGAGGGAAAGACACACCAGCAGAUAAACCAAAGACAUUUUUAGUUUUUUUUUUUUAAAUUUUCUCAGCUAUAUUUAAAAUAAAGGCUGAUACAGGUCAUCAGUCAGAGUCUUUUAUCUAACAUUUAAACUGUGUGUGAUGCAUCCAGGUAGAUAAAGACCACAGCAAUACCAGAAUCUUAUAAAUUUAAUCAAAGGCUCUUUGACACAAAAUUAAAGAGUAUGUAAGAUCUGCUCAAUGCUCAUUCUUCAUGUACAAACUGUCUUCAAUCUCCGACAUUCAGGGAUUCAGGAUUGACUUUUGGUUGCUGUUUGGUAUUCUGAGUUUAAUGCGGACAUUUCACUCUGCUUUUCUGAUAUUAAUUUCCAAAUACUUGAAGUAACUAAAUGAGGUUUAAUGCACGUUAAUGGCACCAACAGAAACCGUGAAUUCACUGAUGAUUCAGUUCAUGACAGUUCAUUAGAGCUAACAGCUGAAGGAAGUCAUUAGCCUUUCUCUAAUUCAUGAGAGCAGAUAAGUGUUGAUUUGGAGCAUCAUUCUGAUUUUUGGAGAUGUUUAUGGACCACCUCUGAUCAACAACCAGUUCAUCACAGGAUAUCUGAUCCCCCCCAUGUAUGUUUAUGCUGUCCUACCUUACCAUGCAUGACAGGACUGUGUUUGGAUAGGCAAGGACAGAAAUCACAUCAUUGUACCUGUUGUAGGGAUUGGCGAUAUGGGCUAGAAAAUAAUGAUCAUGCUAAGUUUUGCCAUUCUGACGAUAAUGAUAACGCUCUGAUAAAAAAUAUAAUUCUAGUCCAUGUUUUUGACUUAUUCUGUCUUCAAAAACCCCACAAUCAUUGUUCUUGGAUGGCACCUACCAGUUGGCAUAGUCAAUUAAGAUACUUAACCACAAGGUUAAUUAGUAAGUUAUAGGUAAAACUAGAGACAUCAACCAAGUCUGAAAUGUGAAAACACUUUCAAGAUUUAUUCAAAACUCUUUCUGCACGGAGUGAACGGCAGCAGCAGAUCCACUGUCUGAUGUCAGGCAUCUCAGACUGCACUCGUCUAAGCCUCAUCUUUGCGUCAUUAACUUACAUUUAUCGCAUUUACCGUGACAUGGCAAAUAAUUAUUGUGGAGGAUUUUUCUGACGAUAAAUCGUAAACGAUAAUUUAUUCAACCUCGGAUUGGUCAGUACUAAGCAGGAUGAACGUAAACAGUACUUUUUACCUUGUUGCUGGAAAACAGCCUCUGGUGUAUAUCAAGCAAUGCGGGGCUAAGAUGACUCAUUAUCUGGAUAUAAAAGAAGUGGGUUCAAUGGUGUACAUACAGACACCAGUGGAUAAAUUGGGGGAUUUGCGGAAAAGUUGCAGAGAUCGACGUACUGUAAAUUGCAAGGAAAUGUUGGGCUUGGUAAAAUUUUCUUAUAUUUCAUUGAACUGCAACUACUUUAAGGGAUUUGUCAAUGAUCCAUUGGCAGCUACAAAAACAACAGUGCGGUGCUAGCAGAUGGAGCGGUAAUAGUCAAAGCAAACAAAACGUCAGCAAUCAAAAAAUUUCCCACCAGUAUUUUGUGUAGGUUUACUUUGUUUAUCCCACCGCUAUAUCAAAUCUCCUCUAACACCAGCUUGUGCAUAACCUCCACUAUAACCUCCACAGGCUCUCCCAGCCGUGAGUUCAUACUCCAAAUAUCAAGGUGGAAAAAUCAGAAAAAAAGAAAUCCCCAAACAUUCAGACACUGCUGCUAAAGCUGAGAGUAUUUUCUCAUGCUCACACGUCGAGCUGGUCUUUCUUUUUCCUGCAUCUGAUGCCUCUCUGCAGGCUGCUUUGGUGCUUCACUCGGUCUGGCCUUGUUGUUUGUGCUGUGGUUUUUCUAGUUGCUAGCUAGCAGCUCCCUAUGGAUGUGUGAUGCCGUGCCCCUGGCUGCAGUUCUCACACUCACCCUGCCUCUCUUAUUCAGAGAGAGUGUGUGAGGGAGAGAGAGGAUGUUUACCAUGCUGUGGAGCUGUCUGCUUCCCAGCUUGUCUGCCUCAGCCCCAGCCUCUUACCAGAGAGAGAGAGAGAGAGAGGGAGAGAGAGAGAGACAUAGGAGGAGGGAGCACUGCAUCUUUCUUUCUUUCCCUCCCUCCCUCUUUUUAAGCCAGUUUUUCCCCUCCUCCCCCUCUUGCUUUUAUAUUUCUUGUCUUCGCCUGCCCUCUAAAGGCCAAAGGGCUUUGCGCUCUGCAUGUGUGUGUGUGUGUGUGUGUGAGUGUGUGUGUGUGCGCUGUGUGUGUGUUUGCAGCAGCUUGUCAGACUGUAUCGGGCUGGUGCAUCAGGCAGUGGCUUUUGCUCAGCAUGUGCGUUUCCCCUCUCCGCUGUGGCUCCAGAGCUGAGGUUUUAGAAGGGUGUUUUCACAUUCAUGUGCACUCACACACACAGACACACACAUGCACACACAAAGGGCUGUGUAAUUACCCUGUGCUCUCAUGUAAUCCCCCAGGUAUUGUAUUUAUCUCAACUGCAGCAUAUCUGACACCUAGCGCCAGUACCUGGAUCCACUUCAGUCACUGUCCCUGCACCAGAACCAUUCCCCAGCCUCUGCUCUCAUAACCGUGUGUGUGUUUUGUGUGUGUUUUGUGUGUGUAAUGUUGCAAACAGCACUCUGUGCCAUUUUCAUGUCUUCCAUUGGAAAAUAUGUAAUUUGGCACCGGCUAGCACCCUUGAUGUCUUAAGUAUCGGGAGCGGUUUAGCUGUGUGUUUGGACCCAAUUGUGUGUUCUAUUUCAAUGGAUAAAUUAAAAGAAGAAAGUGCGACUCUUAUGCAACGGGAGGGUCAAACACAAAGGAUAAUAACUGGAAAAUCCUGGAAAAUCAGGAGCCAGAAGCCAGGGCCUAACUGGAAUAAAGUCAAACAGUCAAUACACUGAUGUUCCAAAGGCAGGUACACUUAGGCAGGGAUCUGGAAUCAAACACACACUCGUUCAGUCAGUCGUACAAGCUUUCAGACAAGCCAAGCCCAGGGCCAGCUGCAGGGGCCCUCUCCUCCCCACGCCAGUGUCAUCACUCUGGUCGGAGCUUGUCUGUCAGCUGAGUUUGACACCGUGACGUCGGGGGAGCGCUGGAAAACCCAGUUCCUCGAUUUUGCGUUCCUUUUUCUUGCGCUGAUGAUGUGCAUGUGAGUGAACGAAGCUGAGGUUUAGACUUGACAGGGAGAAUGCUUGAGAGAAAAUUUUGAAGAGGGGAAAUUUUAGAGUAAAAGCACCGAAGAUGAUUGUGGUUAUUUUAUUUUGAUGGUGAUUCUGUUUCAGAGGAAAUCUUGACCUUUCCGAUUGGGCCGCUCUGCUUUAAAACAGGUUGAUGGAGAAUUCGAAAAUCUGAUUUGAAGUAUUUCUGCUGCUUUAACCGCUGUAUCCUCAUACCUGUUGUUUUUGUUUGCAUGUCUUUGCUGCUACAAUGAGAACUGUUCCCAUGAGAGGAGAACGAACCACAGGAAACUCAUGCAAUUUCAACUGAUGCACAAUCUUCGCAGUUCCCAUGAAUGAUUGGUGAAGUGAUUUAUAAAUGUGGUCCAUGCAGACGGUUAAAAAUCAUAUAUUUCAUUACAAAACAUUAAACUCAUUCUUUCCAACGAUGGGAUUUAGAUUUGAUUUUAAUUCAGAGGCUGAGAUCAUUUCUCUUCGAUUUAACCUCAUAUGAACUAAAAGCAAACUGAUCUUCACAGAAAUAUAGAUAUAAUAUUGUUAGAUGUCCUUACUUUGCAUGAAGAAUGAAGAGUGGGUGACUGAUAGCUCUGUACUCGUAGUUUGUAUGCAGCAUCUAUAUUCAUGUAUCGGACAUGUUAUUGAGUAGUAGUCACUUGUCCUCUUCCUAUUCUUCUCUAUUUCCUCUCACCUGUUUAAACGUCCCUGCUUUGUGUCUGCUCCAAUCGCUUUCGAUAAAAAAGGAACAUGAAGGAUACGUCGUACUUACAGAAACAUCCGAAGUGAGUGGGUGAGGUAAACCUUGUCCUCCUGUUUUUUUUCCUUGAACACACCACAUAGUGCUUGGGCCCCUGUCCAGGCCCCUCACAGAGCUCAGUCCAAGGCUGGACCUAUUAAAGGAAGACACAGAAAAGAAAACAUUGGAAAGAUGACACAAUCUUCAAAAUACAUCCCAUCUCUUUUGGAGUUUGUACUGUAGUAGUAGAAGCCUUCACUAAAAGUUACAUUACGAUACACCUGAACCUUUCUACUACGACAGGUUUCACACUCCUACAGGAUGAGUGUCAUAGUGAGGAGGACAGAUUGUUAUAUAAACUUGGUGAUUAUGACCUGCUGUGAACACCCUCACUUACUCUCUCUUUCUCACACACGCUCACCACUUCACUCGCUCCCCCCCUCUCCCCUCUUUUGUCUUUCUCUUGUGGCCACUUUGAUCAAAUCUGCGCUCUUACGUCCUUGACUGCUGCCCCCGAUGCCUGACCCCUGCAUUUGAAUUUUCCCCGCUUAUGUAAAAGUUUAUGUAGAUUAAUGCCACAAUUUAUGCAGAUUCCGUUUUUGCCACUCAGGCUUGAAGCACUAAAAGGUAGACGUGCGCUGACCUUCGCCGCUAACGGCUACGUGAGCCCUCACCGAUUAUCUCAUAACUGCUGCACGGAGUUAGUUCUGUGGAGGAGAUGAAGAGCAAUUUAAGGAUUCAUAAUGUGCCAUUUUUAACUCUUUUUUGAGCGGGGUCAUUUAAAACAGGACAGUCUUUUUGUCAAGAUUGCCCUUUGGAGGCUCUCUAGCUAAGGUUUAUGUCACAAUACACAAUCACGAUUGUCCCAUUUUUUUUAAAACAUCAUGCAUCCCGCAACCCUGCAGAGUCUGUCAAACCAAAAACAACCUCCAGCGGCGGUAUCAUGCAGCUGUGUGUGUGUCACGCCGAGCCUCAGCAGAGCUGUAAACUCGCAAGUGGCGGCAGCAUCACAGAGGUUGAACAGUCAAGUACCAUCAAGAGCAGUUUGCCAUAGAAAUGGGUCUAUCUGAAAGCAAACAAAAGGCUCACACUUGACUCGACCCGCUCCAUGUAGGCUAAGUGCGUGCGAGCCCGCCUGACACUGGAAAAUGGCUUUCAGUCUGAGCAGACAAAGCAGAAGAGUAGAGUGUCUGCAGUAAAUGUCAUAGUUAUAACUUUCCCGGGGAGGAAGAAAAAGGUGUAUUCAGCUGUGACUGUCAUGUCAGGAAACACGACUGAAAAGGAAAAGUCAAGGUAAUUGGAGGAGUUUGUAAUGUACAGAUAUGUGUAUUUGUUGUACGUCUGAGUGACGUGACACACCUCUAUCUUACACUAUGAGAGUAUAAACACAGUGAUUGUAGCCACAAAUGAUUUCAAAUAAAGCAUCUUUACAGCUUUUCCCCCUCGUCUUUGCAGAGAAGGUUAUCAAAGAUAUUUCCUAAACAGAGGCCUCCACAGCUCUUUGUUGUUUUUAGUGAUGAGCUCAUCCUUUGCACUGCAUCCAGAAUGCUAACAGAGAAGCAGCGCCUCCAUCAGAUCGCUAACCCUCUGCUCUUUUUACACUAACGCAUUGUGACCUGCCAGUCACGCAGUUAAGACAGGGUGUCAGCUGAAGUUAGUGCUAUGGUGAGCUAAGAGCUCUGGCUGGCACUGAGGCCCAGCAGGUAAACAGCUGUUCAUUUCACUACAAGUGUGUGUGUGUGUGUGUGUGUGUGUAUGUAGGGGAGUGUUCUUGUUUGUGUGCGCUGAACAGCAUACUGUGUGUGCACUAUUUAUAUCUGUUGCCGUGUCCUGUUGUUGACCUGUGCAGUGUCUCUUAGAUAAUAAUGUCUGCAUGUCACUGUGUCAUUAAGUCAUCGCAGACUCAUACAUUUUAGAGUGUGGUAAAAAUCAAAUAUUUUUGCGAUUAAUCGAUGAAUCAGUCGAUUAUUUUUGCGAUUAAUCGAUGAAUCAGUCGAUUAUUUUUUUGAUUUAUCGAUUAAUCGAAUCCAAAAACAUUUUUAACUUUUACACUUUAGAUCAAAAAGGAACAUUUGAACUGACAGAGCAAAUGACAAAACUCUGCAGGUGAUGUUAACAGCUGGCUUAGCGUCAUGGCGAGUGACGCAUAAAUUGCGCGACACAACGAAUUGAUAAUUAAGUUGGUUGCUGACACUUUUAAUAAUCAAUUUUAUCCAUUUGUUGUUGCAGCUCUAAUCACAACCUCCUUAAGCUACAGGUAGAUGUUACCAAAUGUAACAUCGACAAACACUCCGACAAUCAGAACAGAAGAGAGAAAAAUCUUACUGCUUUGAAUUUAAGAGGCAACUUCGUAUUUCAUUGAAAGUGGAGGAAUAGUUGACAUUGUGUUAAAGAAGUGUUCAGACAUCCAACUUUCUCAUAUUGAGGUGAUGUUUUCAGUCAGAUUUCCAGUUUUGCUGUAGUAUGUGAAGGCUGUGACAUGCACUUUGUCCCAAGCACUUCAACAGCUGAAUUGACAAUACGCUCUCAUCCUUGUCCUUUCACUGACCUCCUCAUAGACACUUUUUUCUUUGAAUAUUUCUCUGUGUACUGGUUAAGACUUCUUGAAAACCUGUCUUUAUUUGAUUCUGUUGUACAAAAAUAUAUAAUCAGCAUUUAAAGGGAAAUAUUAAAAGUCUGUCAGGGUUGUCUCAGGCUGUUAUCUCUUGCCUUAGCACUUUGUUUCAUGCAUAAAAUCAGUUCAGCUGCAGAAAUGUCAUUGUGAAACACCUACAAAGAGUCAGAUGUAGCCCUGAGAUAUGACUCUAAUCACUGUCAAAGUUUUGUGAUCUGAUUGCAUGUACCUCUGCCCCUCCAGGCUCAGUUCUUCUGGAGCUGCCUGAUGGAGAUGGACGGACUGCCCUGGAUCUGGUCUCCACAGAAAGACAGAGGGAGGAGCUGCUCCGCAGCGCACGAAUCGGCGACUCCUCCCUGAGAAACGAUGACGCCAAGGUCUUGAACCUGCCCCUCCUGGAGGCUGGAUCCUCUCUGCUGACCCACCUCAUUUUCUCCUACCAGCAGGAGAAAGGCCUGCAGCACUGCAACAAACCUCACAGUCUGAGCUACAGGCUGGUCAGAGCCUUGAAGGAACACUCUCUUCAAAGAGUGACUGUAGAGUGGAGUGACCAGCGGGCAUUGAGGCUGGUGAAGGAUCUGGAGACACUUUUGGAGCUCGGUAGAGGGCGUUACCUGGACCAGAUCCCUAGAGCAGUAAAGGAAUGCAAAGGAGAACAUACAGCGUUCCUAAUGGCGGCAAUAGAGGAGCUGAAGUAUCAGGGAGAUGUGCUGCAAGCCAACACAGAAAUAAUCGAAAAAGACUGAAAAACACUUGAUAAAAAUGUUCACUUCAUCGCAGGAUGACUUUUCUUUUUUCAGAUACUCUGUUUUUUGUGAGUUAUGAUCAGAAAACAUUCAUACUGUUAUAUACAUUUUACUACCUUGUUCCUAUUUGGAAAAGUUUAUACGUAAAUAUCUUUGUAAAUUAUAUUUUGUUGAAUUUUGAGUUUAUACCUUUUGACACGAACAUUUCUGUAUAGUCACUACCUCGAGUUCUAGUUCACUUCGUACAGCCACUUGUUAAAUGUUUGGAUAAAUGCUUUGUUUCCCUUUUUUUUACAGUUCAUAAUAAACCAGGGUAGCUGACUGCUUAACCUGCUUGUGAAGCUGUGAAAUGAUUCAGAUAGCAGUGAAUAAAAAAUAAAA